GCUCACCAGAAGCAAAGUGAUUUAUACAAACAUGUUCAAAUUCUUGGUACUCGCUUGCAUCGCGGCCGUGGCUGUGGCUACCCCCGAGCCUAAGCCGGGCGUGCUGUACAGCGCGGCGUACACAGCGCCCGUGGCAGCGGCGUACACCGCGCCCGUGGCGGCCGCGUACACCGCGCCCGUGGCGGCCGCGUACACCGCACCACUCGCCUACUCCGCGUACACCGCGCCGCUCGCCGCCUACUCCGCCUACCCCUACGCCUCGCCCUACGCCGCCUACUACCUGCGCAAGUGAUCUGAACAAAUGACAAAAUAUCUAUCUAAAAGCAAAUAAAAUGAUGACGUAUAGCGAACCUCA